GCGACGUGGUCGAGCGGUAUUCGAAUUGGAACGGGAACGGGAAGAAGAUGCCGCUGCUAUUUACGGGCUUCAACGCAUUUGGCCAGCAUGAAUGUGUAAGCGGCGACGUCGACUGCGCAGCCGGCUUCAGCGAAUUAAAUGCGACUCAGAACCAGUGCACGAUUUCGAUCGGCUGGCGGUAUGCGGCCCUCGCUUUUGGCCGGAAGUUGUGCCUGCGUGGGCUCUUGGAUGAUGGCCCAAAUGAGUGCGUGACCCUGGAGGCAACGGGGGACAUAAGAGCCCUGGCUGCCUGCGAUUCCCACUGCCUGGUGCUACUCCAAAGUGGUCAGCUUUACAGGGUGCAGCCCAAACUGCAGGCGGAACUGGUGGCUGUUAGACUAGAAGCUCCGCCCAGAUCCAAUUCGGGUACAAAGCGCUCUAUCUUUGGGGCUGCCAAGGCGCCCUCGUCGCCGAUCAUAGAGCAUAUUGCGUGUGGAUCGCACAUAAACGUAGCGAUCAGCUCGGAAAACUGCAUCUACAGCAUUCCCAGUUGCCUGCAUCAGUUUUCCGAGCGCCAGUUUCGGGUGAAGCAGCUCCAAUGUGGCCACGAACAUGCCGUGCUCCUCAAUGCCAACGGUGACGUGUUCACCUGGGGAAAUGGACUCCGCGGACAGUUGGGUCUCGCGGAGCUGGGAGUGGAGGAGACGCCGCAACUGCUGGAGGCGCUGGCGGGGAUCAAGAUAACUCAAAUUGCUGCCGGUGGUUGGCACAGUGCGGCCAUAUCCGCCUUCGGAGACCUCUACACCUGGGGCCUCAACAGCAGCGGUCAGCUGGGAAUGCGUGUGAUGAAACCCGGUGGCGUCCUCAAAGAGCCCACUGUAUAUCCGCUGCCCCAAUUGCAAGAUCUGGCCGAAUGUACGUGCCUCCAAGGCGGGGAGGGCAACGAUGAUUGUGCACUGCUGAGGGUGUUCGCUGGAUCUCGUCACACUCUGCUGAUCCGCCGGUGCGGGCGGCUAUGGGUCAGUGGUUGGUGCAAGCACGGUCAACUUGGCAGGCAGCUCCAAAACCUGUCUUAUGUGGAUGCCUUUCAGGCCCUGGAGGGUAUCACGUUGAAUCCGACUGCGGAUGAUGUUCUCUGUGGGCCCUGGUCGACGCUGCUCCAUUUGAAGGCAUCGUUGGAUUGAAAACACAUAGCUUUUAAAGGGGCUUUACUUUUGUAGCAGCUACCAAGUUGAACUCAGCUUGGACACAAACCAGUUUACAUGUCAAUUUACGUGCAUACUUUUCAGCGCGUAGGGUCAUGUAAAAUGUAUUAUAUCAUUUUACUUGUCUCUUAUCUACUUCGUAAAUAGGAAAUAUGCUGUACUUAAA